AUGUCUUUAAAGACUGUUGUUUUAUUAUUCACUAUUUUUAUGGUUGCAACUGUUUUAUCAUGUAAAAACAAAGCAUGCCUAAAUAAAAGAUAUCCAAUGCCAGAGGAUGUUCCAGUCCCACUUAAACAUCAUCUAAGCCACAAGGAAAGAGUUUUACAUGAAACCAAAAUGCAAGAAUUAAUUGACUAUACCAAAGCUAAAAAUGCCUGGUUCGGUUCAUCAAUUGUUCAUAAAAAUGGUACAACCGUUUGCUAUGGUGUUAAUGAAAGCCAUCAAUAUAACGAUCCAACUCUUCAUGGUGAAAUGGUAGUUAUGCAUAACUGUUCAAAAUUAUUUGGUAUUACAAACUAUUCAAACUAUACUCUUUAUACCACUGGUGAAUCUUGUCCAAUGUGUCAAUCUGCUGCAAUGUGGAACAAAUUUUCAACAAUUGUUUAUGCUACAUCAAUUGAAACCAUGUAUUGUGACAAAUGCUUGGGCCAAAUUCUUAUUGAUUCAAACUUUUUAGCUGCUUUUGGUAAUGGUUUACAAAAUGGCUAUGUUCCACCAGUUAUUAUUGGUGGUAUUUUAGAAGAUGUAACCAAUAGAGAAAUCUUCCCAGAUGCUUGCGAUCCAAACUAUGAACUCGCAUGGAAAGUUACACCAAACUGUACCAAAAAACAUCAUUAA